UCGAUUCUUUUCAUUUCGCUGCUUCUGCUCCUUUUCUCUCGAUCUCAGAUUUCCCGAAAAAGAACUAAAACCCUAGUCUCUGCGCCUUUUCUCUCGAUCUCUCCUUCCAUUUUUCUGACGAUUUCCGAUCUUUAAUCGAGAGAUUCAUACACGGAAAGCUCGUAGAUGCGAAAAUACGUGUCUUCUGAACUCAGAAUCUUCAAACGGUUGAAAUAGAAGCAGAUUCAGCUGCGGAAGCUCUUAGUUGUGAAGAUCUGUGAUUUCCGCGGCCUAGAUCUUUGAUCGAUGAUAUAGAAGCUGUGUUCACCUUAUCGGAAGGGAUAUUAAUCGAUCUGUGCUUCUUUUUUUUUUUUUUUUUCUCCUGAUCGAGACAUGUCGAUUUUAGAAGAUCUGCGAUUUUCUGAGAUUCUGAUCGUCGAUUUUUUAAGUGGGAGAGAUCUCCUGUUUUUUGCUGUGUUCUUUCAGAUAUAGGGAUUUUACUCGAAAGAAAGCUUUUGCACGCAUCAGCGGCUCAGAUAUCCUCUUUCGAGGUCAAGAUCUUUGAUCUGAUGCGAUUGGAGUGAUUGCAACUUCUGCCUUGAGCAAUUUACAUUCUCGUCCUGCAUUUGGAGGUAACGUUGGAGGAGCCAAAGUUUUGGACUGGGGAGAAGGCCCAAGACGAGUUGAAGGUUCAGACUAGAGCCAUUUCUUUGUAAAGGUAUAUUUGCUCAAGGGAGGAUAUCUUAAACUAUGCUACCAAGUUGCUAAAGGCAGAGCUCCCUCUUUCUGUCUGCAAAGUGGCUUCCAUUCCAGGUGAGACCAAGGUGUGGCAGUACAUAACACUGACGAAGCGUAUCUUUUUUAUCGACUGUCCUGGAGUUGUUUAUCACAACAAGGACACUGAAACGGAUAUUGUACUUAAGGGUGUGCUUUCUUUGAUACACUGGUCACUGGAGGAAACAGCAAUAGCUCUUCGAAGGUGAAUGAAUCUGUACCUUGUGAAUUUGCAUAUUGAAAUUUCAAACUAAAUACCCCUAAAAAAUAUUCAAACUUCAAACUAAAUACCCCUAAAAAAAUUCAUACUUCAAACUAAAUGCUCAAGGAGAUGCCUUUUCUCUUCUGAGAAAUUGAAACUACAAUAUCAGAAUUCAAAGGUGGCCUCUGUUUUAUGGAUUACAAAAAAUUUCAGAUAGACUGGUGUUUACAUCCUUUCCUAAUUUAGAUAGAAGUAUGUAAUUGAAGUCAAGUUCAUCUAUAGAGUUCAUUUUGUAGAGCAGGUUGAUCAUCAUUCACUCCAUUACCACUUUGUGGAGAAGUUGGUGAUUGUAACUUCUUCUUUAUCCUCUGUUGGAACCCCAAACUAAUGCCUGCUACUGUUGGUAGUUUUUUUAAACUGCAUAUCCUUGCCCUGGCCCAUUCCACCUCUAACAGUACAUGCGGCAUAGGCCAUCAGGUGCCCAAGAAUCAACCCAACAUAGUUUUGUGAUCCCUUCAUUUUUUGUAGUUCACCAUCAUUGAAUAGUUGGUCCUUUGUUUUUCUUCAGGUCAAGUCAUAUUUAUGUGUUUGACACACAAAAGAAUCCAAGAGCUGACUCUCUUUUGCAUGCUGAGAUCAAUCCAAGGCCAUGACAAUGCCAAGAACAACCACCUAGUGACUUCUCUAUUAUUCAGUUCCGGUUUCUGGAGCAACUACUUGUCGUCCAUGGGCACUGGUGCUAUAAGAGGAUUACCCAAAUGGGAACUUUCACUUUAUGCCGGGUCAUCAAGAGAAAUGAUCUAGGACAGAGAACCAUCUAUCUUCAGGGAGAAUCCAAAUCCAAGAGGAGCAUUUCUUCUUCCAUGGAUGACCUCACUCCAAGAUUCUCAACAAAUGUCUUAAGAACCUCUGAAGAAAGUGCAUCUCAAGCAAGAACUAUGUUAAAUGGAAGUACUGAUUCAACACUGAUCAGUUCAAGUUCUGAAGUUAGUACUGGGAUAGAGCUACAGCCAACCAUGACCGAGAUUGAUCAAACAAGCCCCUUGUUCUUGAGCUAUCUAGCUUCAGACACUCUGAAGUUAAUGUCAGAUGGAGAGAUCCUGCAUGCUGCUUCUUUUCACGAGUUACUGGACACAAGUAGAGAAUUUCAAGACCUGGUCAAUGCACACAAAGGCACUGUUGGUUCUGAAAGGCUCGCUGAGGUCGUUUCUCCCUCGAGAUGUGAAACUGCCAAAAGAGAGAUUAAGAAAGCGUCUACUGUGAAACAACAGAAAACAGAUAAUUCACCAGCAGUAGAUCAGCUAAUUAAAGAAGAGGAGAGAGAAACUGGAGAUACUGGUCUGAAGCCAUACUUAACAAUACCUGAAUCAGAGCAAAGGCUACUUGUAUUUCUCCUUGGCAGGCCUAUGCCAUCUCAUGUUUGUGGCUGGACAGAUUACACAAAACUCUUGGAUGGCUGCUAUCAAAUCACACAAACUCAGGAAGAAAAUGCCGCCUCUCUUAUAUUUAAAUAGAAGUCUCUAAUGUUUCUCUGUUUGUUUUGAGUUUUCAAGUCUCUUGGACUGAGGGAGAAAACCAAUCUCUGUUUUUCCUCUUUCUUUUUCUUUUCUUUCUGUUUUUUCAUGUUUUAUGGAUUGGGAUUCCAAGUCUAUUUGACUGAGAAUUGAAGACUCUUUCAGGGUUUUCUUGGGUUAUAUUUGAGAGGAAAAACCCAUUAAAAUAUUGUAGCUAAUGUUGUGGA